AUGCUGGCUCUCGCCCCAUGCGUGGUGAGGCCGCGCCAGUUCGGAGCGAGCCCCGUGCUACGCCUGAACGUCAAUCAACAGGCUAUCAUGAUCUCAGGCGCCACGCAGGUCGCACCGGAGCUAGAUACCGCAGAACCGGGCGCCGUCGUGCCGACCGGCGGCGUGAUAACCGAGUCCGCCGCCGUUGUCGUGCCGGCCGCCGCCGCCGUGAUCGAUCCAUCCGCCGCCGUGAUCGAGCCAACCGCCGCCGUGAUCGUGCCGACCGGCGGCGUGAUCGAGUUGCCGCCACGAUCGAGCCCGGGUGAAGCCGCCGUGGUCGAGCAUCCACCGGCCCUCCAGCAGCCGUGGUGGCGCGGCGUGAGCAAGCCGAGCAUCUCAGAUGCGGUGCGUCGGUACGGCGGCGCGUACCUCGCGUGCUCCGUCUCGCUGUCGCUCGUGUCCAUCUCCCUCUUCUACGCGCUCGUCUCGGCGGGCAUCAACGUGGCCGCCCUCUUCAGCGCGGUCGGCAUCACUCUCGCCAGCAAGUACGAGCGGCUCGGCACCUUUGGCCUCGCGUACCUCCUUCACAAGGCCGCGUCGCCCGUCCGCUUCCCGCCCACCCUCGCGCUGACCGUCUUCGCGGCGCGGCACUGGGAGAGGUGGCGGCGAGCGCCGGCGUGA